UUUUUUUUUUUGCUAACGUUACGUUAGCUGGCUAACUUACUAGCUUGUUGGCUAGUUACCGUUAGCCGAAGUCCAACCUAUUAUCUACGGUGUUACUAGCUAGCAUGCUAAAGCAAGGGAUAGCUACGCUAGCGUUUACCCGAGGCCAAGUAGAUUGACCAACAUGAUGCCGUUAUGUCACUGAUAAGCUAACUGGAUAGCUAGAAGGCAGAAAUAUUUAGCUCGAGAACGAUUAGUUGGAAUGCGAUCUAGUUCACAUUCACUGUUAGUCAUGUGUUGUUUGAAAGUGUACCAGCUGACUUGUUUUUUUGCUUGCGACUUGUAAUUGUGCCAGUUAGCAGUGCCUGUACCCAUUGAUGUUGCAUGCCGGCAUGCUCCAACUUGUGUAACUUUAGGUUAAGCUAACGAUAGCAGUUCACGGUACUUAUCUGAGUGGAGUUCGUCGUUAAACAGGUUGAGAGAUUUAUGAAGUCGAAUAUCAGUUCAGUUUUGUAAAUUAGUUAACGUUACGCCAAUUUUAGCUAUAACAAUAGAUGUACGCGCGCUAUCUUAGGGAAACCUUAUCGUUAUUUGAGCUUCAUCGAAACAUUUUGAAGAAGUUGGCUAACCUUAGGUGAAGUGGAUUCGCAGCGAAAGAUCUCUUGCUACAUAUCCUGGCCCCUCUCUUUCUCUUGUCUGUGUGUUUACGUGAGAGUCUGUGCGUGAGGCAGAAACAGUGGUUGUCUGUCUGCCAUACUGAUUACCAGUGUGACGUGAUUGGGGUACGGCUGGGUGUUCUCGCUCUCCCGCUGUUUCGUCUCUCUUGUUUGUGCGAUUGGCCAUGGGUGACAUCAGCGAUCUGGACAGACAGAUCGACCAGCUGAGGAGAUGUGAGCUCAUCAAAGAGAAUGAGGUCAAAGCGCUAUGUGCCAAAGCCAGAGAAAUUCUUGUGGAGGAGAGCAACGUACAGAGAGUAGAUUCUCCCGUGACGGUAUGUGGUGAUAUCCAUGGACAGUUCUACGACCUGAAGGAGUUGUUUAGAGUGGGUGGUGACGUUCCGGAGACUAACUACCUCUUCAUGGGCGAUUUUGUGGACAGAGGGUUCUACAGUGUAGAGACAUUUCUGCUGCUUUUGGCUCUUAAGGUGCGCUACCCUGACAGAAUCACGCUUAUUCGCGGCAACCACGAAUCGCGGCAGAUCACACAGGUGUAUGGUUUCUACGAUGAGUGUCUCAGAAAGUAUGGCUCCGUGACGGUGUGGAGGUACUGCACAGAGAUCUUCGACUACCUGUCCCUCUCCGCCAUUAUCGACGGAAAGAUCUUCUGUGUGCACGGCGGCCUCUCCCCCUCCAUACAGACGCUGGACCAGAUCAGAACCAUCGACAGGAAACAGGAAGUGCCCCACGACGGCCCCAUGUGCGACCUCCUCUGGUCCGAUCCUGAAGACACUACUGGCUGGGGUGUGAGUCCGCGAGGUGCCGGCUACCUGUUUGGCAGCGACGUGGUGGCCCAGUUUAACGCUGCUAAUGACAUUGACAUGAUCUGUCGAGCGCAUCAGCUGGUCAUGGAGGGAUACAAGUGGCAUUUCAAUGAGACUGUCCUCACGGUGUGGUCAGCACCUAACUACUGCUAUAGGUGUGGUAAUGUGGCAGCCAUUUUAGAACUGGACGAGCACCUGCAGAAAGAGUUCAUUAUCUUUGAGGCGGCACCACAGGAGACCCGUGGCAUCCCCUCCAAAAAGCCUGUGGCUGAUUACUUCCUGUGACCACGUGACCUAGGAAGCAAAAGAUGCUUAGCAGGAGAUGCCAUCCUCCGCACCAACUUGUAUUUCUAUCUUCCUCCACUCCUCCCCUCCCUCUGCCCUACCCUGCUGUCUUAAUGUUGAUUUCUUCUCUUGUUUUUUUUUUUUGUUUGUUUUUUUAAAGUGUUCUCUUGCUCAUUACCCUCUGAUCUUUUUUUUUUUCUACCUGCCCCUGAAGGAUUUCUUUUGUAAAGACUCAAACUUCUGCACACCUUCACCUCCGUACCCACACAAAACUCCUGGACUUCAGUUUUCACCCCUCUCUCUCACACACACACACACACACACAUUACCCACUGCUGUACUUCCUCCCCCAUAACCCCCUUUCUAUGCUGUAGCAGUAGAGUUUCUAAUUAAUGUGAAGAGUACUAGGGAGUGAGGGAAACGCAGAGAGAGAAAGGAGAUGAAAAGAAGGAAUGAGUCACUUUCCAGCCAUUGGGUGUUUGCUGGGAUAGUUGGAGUGGGUCGUUUGCAUUACAUGCAUCUUAUUUUUUCUUUCUUUUUUUUUUCUCUCUUCCCUUUCUUUUGUAAAAGAGAGGGGGUUGAUUGGAUUAGUUUUCAUAGGUUUUGUGUUUCAGUCUGUCUCUCUUUCCCAGACGCUGGCUGACUGUGGCACGGAUCGGGCCCUGGUCCUCGUGGGGCUGGGUCAGGGCUGGAACCGUUCCAGCGUCAGCUGCUCUGAGCUCCGUUAUUUGUGUAAAGGUCCAGAUCAGAGUGGAAAAGCUAUGACCUGACUGCUGCAAGACUUAGUGUACCAAUGGACCACACACACAUAUACACGCUGCGCUUCUUCUCGUCUGAGAGACGCGACUCUCAAACGACUGGUGUCGCGCAAACCAAACUGCAUUCUUUCUGAAACGUGCUUUCCCUUUGACUGUUCUCUCUCUAGGAAUUCUUGAUUUUUAUUAUUAAUUAUUUGUGACAAUAAAACUGUACUUUUGUAUAAAGUU